AUGGACCCGCCCAAGAAGAGACAGAAGAGACACACCGAGACAACCCUCCUUCCAAUACACCCUCUACGCAUAAAGCCAUCAGGCAAUGCCCUGCUGGCAAAGACGAAUGCUCGACCAGGAGGACUGGGAUACAUGAACACCAUUCCAGACGAACUGCUCCUCGACAUCCUGGCACAUCUCGAAGCUAGGCACUUGCAGUUGUUGGGAGCGUGCAGUAAAGCGCUGUAUGCAUUCACUCGCUUUGAUGAACUGUGGAAGACGUUGACGGUGGAGGAGAAGCCGGCACAUGUCAAGCAGCAGUGGAGAGGAACUUGGAGAAGGACUUACCUGCAACUACCGGAGGAGAAGACUGCUCGGUUCAGCGUGCCGCAUCUUUACUCUGAUGUCCUAUACCGGCCCUAUUUUUGUUCGCAGGUUGAUGUUUGUCAAUUCAUGAAGCACAAUGCCAACACCAUCGCUCGUCUGCCCAACAUGACCUUGGAUGAGUUCCACCACCAAUGGACAAAUACGCCGUUCAUCCUCACUGAGCCCGUCAGCCAGUGGCCUGCGUACGAAAAGCAAUGGGACCUGAAGAAGCUGGCGGAAGAGUAUGCCGAAGUGGAAUUCCGCGCUGAAUGCGUCGAUUGGCCGAUGAAGACAUACCUUCAGUAUACCGAGAACAACGUGGACGAAUCACCUCUAUAUCUCUUUGAUCGCGACUUUGAGCGGAAAACGAAACUGAAGGAGGAAUACAUUCUACCCGAUGUGUUCACGGAGGAUUACUUUGCCGUCCUGGGAGAUGAAAGACCUGAUCAUCGUUGGCUUAUCGCUGGACCGCAGUCUUCUGGCUCGACGUUUCAUAAGGACCCCAAUUCGACUUCGGCAUGGAAUGCCGUACUGACAGGGAAGAAGUACUGGAUCAUAUUUCCGCCAGACCAGUUACCACCAGGCGUCUACGUUUCGGAAGAUCAAGCUGAGGUUACCUCGCCCGUAUCGCUGGCAGAGUGGUUAACAGGGUUUCAUCGUGAAGCAAGACGUGAGGCAGGGUGUUUAGAGGGUAUCUGCGAGGCAGGAGAGAUCAUUCACGUACCGUCGCAAUGGUGGCAUCUUGUGAUUAACCUGACUCCUUCCGUCGCACUGACUGGAAACUUCAUCGCGAAGAACAAUCUGAGAAAGGCUCUGAGGUUCAUGAGGGAUAUGCCUGAUCAGGUUAGCGGAUUCAGGAAAGUGGAGGAUCCUUACGCGUUGUUCGUGAAGAGAAUGGAGCAGGAGCAUCCGAUAGAACUGAAGAACGCGUUGGAAGAGAUGGAAUGGGAAGAUGAAGCGAAACGCAAGAAGGUCGAAGCAAAGGCAUCAAGUGGCUGGACUUCUUUGACCGAGAACAUUGGCGGGUUCUCCUUUGGCUUCGGUGGUGACGAUGAAGGUCUCGAAGAUGAAGAGUAA